GGCCACGGACGGCCGCAGCUACAGCGGUGGGGCACGGAAGCGCCUCAAGGUCUUGGACCUGACGGCGGACCGACCCGGUGACGUGAGCCUCAAACCUGGCGGGUUGAGCGGUUUGGCCCGUGAACGCCUGGAUUGGCAAGCCCAACAGGACCAACGGAGCGGAAUUCUGCGCGAGAUUGACCUGACUAACUUCAUGAACCACGCUUCACUUCACUUGGUCCUCCAAUCUCGGAUCAAUCUCAUCAGUGGGCGGAACGGGGCGGGGAAAAGCUCCGUCUUGCAAGCCAUCGUUUUGGGAUUAGGUGCUCAGGCCAAGGACACAAAGCGUUCGUCACAUUUAGCUUCGUUCAUUCGCAAUGAUUGCACCAAGGCCGAAAUCCGAAUCCGCAUGUGGAAUGGCGGGCUUAACGCUUAUCGACCUGAAGUCUACGGUCAAACCAUUCUUUUCGAGCGGGUCAUUUAUCGCCAGUCCAGUGGUUCUACUCAUAUUCUCAAAGACCAUCGUGGUCAGGUCGUUCACACGGGCAAAGUGGCGGAUGAAGAAAAGCGCCGAAUCUGUGAGCAUUUCUCGAUUCAAUUGAACAAUCCCAUCGCUAUUUUACAACAAGAAGAGGCCAAGGUGUUCUUCCACAACGCCGACAACAAGAUGCUCUAUGACUUCUUUGUCCGUGCCACCCUCCUUAAGGCCUUGCAAGAUAUGUAUCAGAACGCCAAUAGCGAAUUAUUAGCGUGUGAUACCACCCUGACCGAGAAACGCCAAGACCUCAGCAAAGUCGGGGCGGAAAAAAACGACCUGGCGGAAAAGUGCCAGCGCAUGAAGAAAGUCGACUGUGAGAUCAAGCAAAUGGAAGCUCAACUCCGGGAAGAAUGUCUUUGGGGCUAUGCUCAAAGUAAAGCGCAAGAAGCCGCUGAUAUCCGGGAGAAGACUCAAAAACUGGAAGAGAAGCUCAAGCGAGAAAAUGCAUCCCUGAAUGAACUGCUCAAGUCCAAGGACCGACUGGAAGAUGAAAAGAAGAUCCUCGAAGAAAGCCACAAGAUGAGCGAGGCCGAGAUCCGAGCCAUCACCAUGGAAUAUCAAAUGGCUCGAGAGGAUAACGAGAAUGCUCAAAGCAAAUUGGAAGUGGCCCUGGUCGAUCUGCAAACGAAAGAAAGUGCUCUAGCCGCAUUAAGAGACCAGGAAAAGACUCUGUCCAAUGAUAUCCGAUCGAAGAGAACCAUGCAUGAGAAACGCAAUGAGCAAAGGGACCGAGAAAAGAAAGAGGCGGAUCAAGCCUUGAAUCGAAUCGAAGGCGAGAUCAAAAGGAAAAAUCGACUCAUUCAGGAGCGAGGACGCACCAGAGACGACCUAGGCAAAGAGAUUGAAGAUUUGAGUGUCGAGAUGAACCCGAAAAAUGCCGAGAUCGAUCAGAUCUUGCAACAGAAGCAAAUACUCAUGGAGGAAUUGAACAAAAGGAAGCGCACCAAUGCGAACGUGUCGAAUCUGAAACGCUUUGGAUUCGAGUUCGAAGAUCUGAUCCAGGACAUCAACCGGUGUAAGGACUUUAAAGAGAAGCCGAUUGGGCCUAUUGGCCGGCAUAUCAAGUUAGUGGGAAAGGCUGCCAAGGAUAAGAACCUGGCCGACUUAUUGGAAACGGAGUUGGGUAAGGGGUUUCUCCGAGGGUUUCUCGUGGCCUCGUGGGAAGAUAGCAAGGCCUUGUCAGCACUUUUUGAGCGGCAUUUCCAUCGAAGACGGCCGCCAUCAAUUAUCAUCUGGAAGUUUCGCGGCCAGAAAGAUAAUAUCGAGCAUGGGAAGGUUCAAACUAAUCCUGAGAUGCCGGGCAUGCUCGAUUAUCUCGAAUUCGACCAUCCUGAUGUGUUUAACUAUGUCGUAGACUACAAACGCGUUGAAUCCACCAUCGUGGUCGAUCAAGUCCAGGCCCAAAAACUCUUCUCCCAAGUCAAAAAUGUUCCCAAGAAUGCGGAGAGCGCCAUUUCGCCGGAUUUUUACCGUUUUAUUCCAGCUACCAAAGGAAAUUAUGCGUCCUAUUUCAUGGAGAGACCUCGUCGGGGUGCCAUAAACUGCCUCACCGCAGAUACUCAAUCCGAUCUGGCCAAUCUUAGUACUGAACUCAAAGAAUGUGAUGUAAUUGUGAAGGAACUGAAGUCUGCUUUGAUCGCCCUUUCGUUAAAGAAAAAGUCAUUAGAAGCCAGGCGAGAUGAUAAUAUUGAGACCAUCCACCAAUUGAACAAAGAGUUGGGCAAUCUCAAGCAAGAUAUGACAAAAAUCAAUCUGAAUCGAGCCAAUUUGGAACAAGGUGAUAACUUGCCCGAAAUGGAGGAAAGGCUGACAAAUCUUCGCCAAGAGAUCAAAAAGACUGAGGCAAGCGUCAAAGAGCUGAAGCAACGAAAAACCAAAUCUACUCUCAUCGAAAAGAAGACCAAAGGUCUGCUCGACAAACAAACCGAAAGAAUGAACGAAGCCUCGAAAUGCAACCUGGAGUCCAAAUUAUCCGACAUCAACGAUGAAAUUGGUCGCCAAGACGCCGUGAUUCGAAAGAUUCAAACUGCGAUGAACUCCAUUCGAGCCGAGCUCAAGCCUUUGAAUAGCAGCCUUUUAGAAGCAGAGGCGAGAUAUGAGACGGCCAAGACCCAAGCUCGCAAUCAGAGUAAAAAGGAUGUGUCCGAACCGGUAGACAAAGCCAAACUCAUGGCCCGUCAGAAGGAGUUGGCUGCCACGAGGAAAGAAUUAGAAUCUCAACUCCAAAUGACCCCGGUGGAGCUAGCCUCAAAGCUGGAAAAGAUCCGCAACACUUUCAACACUUUGGCCAAGCAGCUCAAGGAAGUAGAAAUGAGCUACAAAAAGAUCAAAGCCAUGCAAGAAAAUCGGAAGAACGUGUAUCGAUCCAUUCGACUCAGUCUGAUCCGCUCUGUGCAAACACUUUUCAUCAUUCAUAUGAAGCAGCAUAAUCUGAUCGGGGACCUGGAGUUGGACAACACCAACAAGACUCUGAACAUUAAGGUUUCGCAUUUGAAAGGAAGUGAGGCGGGCGAGGCCUUGCCUCUGUCCAGCUUGUCUGGAGGUGAGCGGUCCAAGACCCUGGUGUGUCUCAUGAUAGCGAGUUGGGAGUACAUGGCUCCGCCUUUUCGGUGUCUGGACGAAUGGGAUGUCUACCUGGAUGAACGUUCCCGGUCUUCCAUUGAAGAAGUACUGUUCGAGUAUGCUCAGAGUCAGGAUUAUCAGUAUAUUCUUAUCAGUCCACAGGGGUCUACUUUGAAAGGAGCCAACAUCAUUGAGAUCGGGAAAUCCCAUGGUCAAUGACCCAACCAAUUUGUUCCAACUCUUUAGACUGUGAUUGUUGACCAGAAGAAAAUAAACACAUAAGCAAUUGGAUUCAUCAAUUGCGAGUUUUGAAGCCACAAAUACAAGUUAGUUUUAAAUGGGCUCCUUUUGAGUGAAGUGCUUAGUGAAUGUCUAAGAAUUCAAAGAAACGCUGGUUUCCGCUUGGGAUAAAUCAAGGACGCUGAGUCCCUGGAUAAAUAUGCAAAAAGAGGUUUUUUUUUCCUCUUGCUGCCCGUGUUUUUCUCCAUGAUAUUACUGUUGAUAACCUAUCCAAGAACUUACGAAGGUGCUACUUCUCCACUAAAAAUGAUUAGAAAUCGGAUCAUAACUGGAAAACAGUCAAUCUCAAAUACUUACAUCAGCUUAUUUAAACAUUGAAGUCCAAAUAGUAGACUCUUGCUAGGACUUUUAUUCUACAACCAAUGUGGCUUACGGCAUACUGUACAUGAACGUAUGUGAAACAAAAAUGCAGGAAACAUAAAUGAUUUCGAAACUAUCCUACCCUAGUGUAUUUCCCAAAAAACUAACGUUUGAAAGGUAAAUACAAUGUCAUCUUAUGACCAA